AGUAGUUACAACAAUGUCGGACGUGGAGAUUGAACAGCAACCGGAUCCGGCGCACUUGGCUGUGGUGAUGACGCCUCGACGACGCCGUCACAGUGGACGCCGUGGAAUCGGGCCCACAGCCCAAGAUGCCAAAGUGUCAAAGACACCGACAUCCGCAUCGCCCUCGCGAAGCUGUCCACUGGCACACGGCACUAAAGACAAUUGGACCUGGAGCAAUCGCAAUCGUUCCAAUGAGGUGGUGCUAAGCGGCCCCAAUUUUCGCACUGUUCACUUCCAUCCCAACUGGAGCAAGGGCACCGCCGGAGUCCAGGGCAAGCGGCCACUCAACAAUGGUCGCUACUACUGGGAGCUGCAUGUGUCACAGAGGGUCUUCGGGACCUCGAUAAUGUUUGGGAUUGGCACCCGGUCGGCUCGGCUACAUGCCAAUGCCUUCCGCAAUAUGCUGGGGGAGAACGAGCACGGAUGGGGACUCUCACACAAGGGCGUGCUCUGGCACAACGGCGUGGCCCUACUGUAUACGAAGCGUUUCCGCGAGAAUCAUUCCACCCAGAUUGGUGUGCUUUUCGACGGUAUUGAGGGCACGCUGACUUACUAUAAGGAUGGAAAGUGUCUAGGCGUGGCCUUCAGGGGAUUGGAUAAAAUUGAGGAACCUCUCUAUCCCAUCGUAUGCUCGACAGCCGCCAAAACGGAGAUGACUCUAAAGAGUGCUCGGCGUGAGUUUGUCAAUCUCCAGGAUCGUUGUCGGGCCGUGAUUAUGCGGCGAGUCCGAAGCUCCUCUCAACUGGAGAAGCUCAAGCUUCCGCUGCCGAUCCGUGCCUACUUGAGUGAAGUCAUUGAUGACAAAGAGCCGCUGCGUCAGGUCGACAACUAUGAUAUACUAUGUGAUUUCUAGAGUUUGGAACAUCUGUACCGCAUCUCCCAAAUAAUCUCCCAAUAAUCCGCAUCUCUAUUAUAACCGUUGGAUUUUGGAAGGAGAGAAGUGGAACAGUCCCAAACCAUACAAAAUAAUAUCUAAGCUGCGACCCGUGAAACUGUUGUUGUGCCAUCAAGUGGGUCUGAAAAGAAACAAGAGGGAAAACGUUUCUAGAAAAUACUAUUGUACAUUUUCAAGUAAUUCUAAAUUGUAUUUUACGUUUUGCUAUAAUACUUUCUUGGUUUUGUUUA